AUGUCUCUUUUUUUCAAGUCUGUGCGUUUGCUUCCGCUCGUUAGGGUCACCCAGGUUCCCGCUAGAGCUGUGUUUGCCGCUAGAUUCCAGUCCAUCCAGCCUCUCAAAGCUGAGGCCAAGGUCGAGACCCUUGAACAGGAGUACGACAGAUGGAUCGCCGACGUUAAGGCAGCCCGUGAGAUAGUCCAGGCCAACCCACCGGGUUUGAUGGAGAACGAAAGGUUAGAGGAAGCCGUCGGCUGGAAGCCAAGCGAAGCCCAAUUGGAGGAGUUCGAGAAAGUCAGAGAGUUGCCGAUUCCUGCCAGAGACGACCCCGUCAUCACACACGUCACCAACAUGAUCAUGAAGAACGGAAAAAAGGCACUUGCUGAAAAAAUCCUCUCCAGGGCGUUGUACAUGGUGUACUUGAAGUUGAGAAAAGACCCGGUUGAAGUCUUGAAGAAAUGCAUAGAAGACUUAGCGCCAUUGAUGGUGGUCAAGUCCUUCAAGACCGGUUUUGCCAAGAAAUUGAACGUGCCGGUGCCGUUAAAGAAGAGACAGAGACAGAGGUUGGCCAUCUCCUGGAUUUUGGAGGGUGCCGUCAAGAGAAACUCUCACGAGUACGCUGUCAAAUUGGGCGAAGAGAUUGUUGCUGUUUCCCAGGGUAGAGGUUCCGGUUAUGACAAAAGAACCCUGAUCCACAAGUCCUCCAUUUCCCACAGAUCCUACAUCAAGUUGAGAUAA